CGACCAGACAUCCGCGCUCCGAUCCUUGAGAUCAACCUCAAAAAUGACAGCCUCAUUACGCCAGGGUACAUCUUCAUCGCCCCAUACUUUGGCGAUGUACCGGGGCCUUACAUCUACGACACCAAUGCUAACCUGGUAUGGAGCGGCGCCGACGGCUCUACCACCGACAUCUUCCAAGACCUGCACGCCUGCGCAUACAACGGAUCCGACCACCUGUGCUACUUCCAAGGCACGCAGAUCGGCGGGUACGCGCGGGGACAGCAUGAGAUCCUGGACAGCAGCUACAGCCCGGCGGCGACGGUGCGCAGCGGCAACGGGCUGGAGAUGAGCGACAUGCACGAAUCGGCCGUGAUCAACGGCACGAGCAUGCUGAUCCCGAUCUACCAGCCGCGCACGGCCAACCUAACGGCCUACAACGUGAGCGCCGACCCCGGCUGGGUGAUCGACGGGGUCUUCCAAGAGAUCGAGAUCUCUUCGGGCGCCGUGCGCUUCCAAUGGAGCAGCCUGGACCAGCAGAUCCUCCCGGGGGAAUCCUACACGCCCCCCGGCCUGAACCCGGUGGUCGGCAACGGGACCAGCAACGCCACAGCGUGGGACUACUUCCACCUGAACUCGAUCGACAAGAACGGCGCGGGCGACUACCUCAUCUCGUCGCGGCACACCAGCACCAUCUACAAGCUCUCCGGCACCACGGGCGCCGUCCUCUGGCGCCUGGGCGGCCAGCAGUCCACCUUCGCGCAGACGAACUACAACUUCUCCUCGCAGCACGACGCGCGCUUCCUCGCCGAGAACGCCACCACCACCAUCCUGUCCCUCUUCGACAACGGCAGCGACAACUACCGCAACACCUCCGCCACCUCGUCAGGCAUGAUCGUCGCCCUCGACCAUUCCACCAACUCGUCCACCUUGCUGCGGCGCUACGACGCCCCCGUCGCCCCGGGUAUUAGGGCGUGGAGCCAAGGCAGCUGCCAGAUCUUGUCCUCGGGGAAUGCAUUCAUCGGGUGGGGCAGCACCCCGGCCGUCUCGGAGCAUCUCGAGGACGGCACCCCGGUGUUCUUUGCGUCGGUUGCCGAUGAGCAUUCUAUGAAUUACCGCGCGUACAAGGCCAAUUGGACGGCCGUGCCCAGCGAGCCCCCCGCCCUGAAGGUGUAUAGUCCCGCGCCUGGGACGGGGCCGACGACCUUUUGGAUGAGUUGGAAUGGGGCGACGGAGGUGGAUCAUUGGAAUAUCUAUGCGGCAACAGCGGAGCAGGUGGCGAUGCUGGGGACGGUGGGGAACUCGGGGUUUCAGACGACGUUGACGAGUUCGGCGUAUUAUCCGAGGGCGUUUGUGGAGGCCGUGAGCAGGGAUGGGGCGAGUCUGGCGAAUUCGUCGACGGUGGAUACUUCUCCGACGUUGCCGGGCUGA